CACCUCAGCGAGCAAACACCCGCACAGGAGCAGCAGUGUGUCCGCGGCGCUCCGCAGCACCAGAACACGCCUCCAUCCCUCCCUCCGACCCAGCCAGCGUCCACGGAGUGUGGAAACACCGAAACAGGGAAGUCGGAGCGGCGGGGAUCAGCAGAAAUGUUCAGCUGGGUGAAGCAGGAGCAGGGAGGACGCAACAAGGAGGGAGAGAUGUACCAGACGGUGACGGAGGGCCUGCAGUCGCUCUACAGCAGGAAGCUGCUGCCGCUGGAGGAGACCUACCUCUUCCAUGACUUCCACUCCCCGGCCCUGGAGCCGGCCGACUUCCAGAGCAAGCCCAUGGUGCUGCUGGUGGGCCAGUACUCCACCGGGAAGACCACCUUCAUCAGGUACCUGUUGGAGCAGGAUUUUCCUGGGAUGCGCAUCGGUCCAGAGCCGACCACUGAUGGCUUCAUCGCGGUGAUGCACGGUGAAAACGAGGGGGUUGUCCCUGGCAACGCCCUGGUGGUGGACCCCAAGAAACCCUUCAGGAAACUCAACGCAUUUGGAAACUCCUUCCUGAACAGGUUCAUCUGCUCUCAGAUGCCCAACCAGGUUCUUCAGAGCAUCAGCAUCAUCGACACUCCUGGAAUCCUCUCUGGAGAGAAGCAGCGGAUAAGCAGAGGUUAUGACUUUGCGGAGGUACUGCGCUGGUUCGGCGAGCGGGUGGACCGGAUCAUCCUGCUGUUUGACGCCCACAAACUGGACAUCUCUGAUGAGUUCUCCGAGGCCAUCAGAGCGCUGAAGGGACAAGACGACAAGAUCCGGGUGGUCCUGAACAAGGCUGACCAGGUGGACACCCAGCAGUUGAUGAGAGUCUAUGGCGCCCUCAUGUGGUCACUGGGGAAGGUGAUCAAUACUCCGGAGGUGGUGAGGGUUUACCUGGGCUCCUUCUGGGCCAAACCGCUGCAGAACACCGAGAACAGGCGCCUGUUUGAGGCGGAGUCCCAGGACCUGUUUCGGGACAUCCAGAGUCUUCCCAGGAAUGCUGCGCUCCGUAAACUCAACGACCUCAUUAAGAGAGCGAGGCUGGCCAAGGUGCACGCUUACAUCAUCAGCUACCUGAAGAAGGAGAUGCCCUCUCUCUUUGGGCGGGAAAAGAAGAAGGAGGAGUUGAUCAUGAGGCUGCCGGAGAUCUACUGCAUCCUGCAGAGGGAGCACCACAUCAGCCCCGGAGACUUCCCCAACGUCACCAAGAUGCAGGACAUGCUGCAGCACUACGACUUCAGCAAAUUCCCAUCCCUGAAGGUGAAGCUGAUCGAGUCCGUGGAUAAGAUGCUGGCUACAAAGAUUGCGGUUCUGAUGUCGAUGAUCCGGGAGGAAGAGUCUAAGCAGCCUCCGGCCAUGGUGUCGGGCGGCGCCUUCGAGGGCUCCCAGGACGGGCCGUUCGGUCAGGGCUACGGCGAGGGCAUCAGCGCCGGGGCUGACGCCGAGGACUGGAUCGUAUGCCGAGAUAAGCACCGCUAUGAUGAGAUCUUCUACACGCUGAUGCCCGUCAAUGGGAAGAUAACCGGCGUCAACGCCAAGAAGGAGAUGAUGAAUUCGCGACUGCCCAACACCGUGCUGGGAAAGAUCUGGAAACUGGCCGACUGCGAUCGGGAUGGCAUGCUGGACGAUGAGGAGUUCGCGUUGGCCCAGCACCUCAUAAAGAUCAAACUGGAGGGCUACGAGCUGCCCACCGAGCUGCCCCUCCAUCUUAUUCCUCCGGGCCACCGCAAAAACCCCACGGCAGAGUCCCUAUACAACCACAUGGAGGACUAGAAGAGACUGGUAGAGCUGGGAAGAUGUCUAGAUGUAGAAACCCAGCACUGGUCAAGAAGGACGGUCAAAAAUCCAACUUUUAUCAUCAGAAGAGUUUAGUUACUCAGCUUUGUAGCUGCAGCAAAGACACGAAAGAAGAAAAGCAACAAACUCUGGUUUUGUUUGGACUCUUAUUUUGAAAAGUCCUCUUUAUCUUCUGGAAAAUACUUUGUGCCUUAACCUUUCUUGAUAUAUGCCUUUGGAUAAAAGUUGAGGUUUUUAUGUGUGAGGUUUAUUCAUAUCCCUGCUCUGAUAACAGACAUUAGAUCUCCUGAAAGUCUGUUCUAGUCAUGUAAAGACGAACACGCACAUUAGUGUUUAAUUCAAUGACUUUAUUAACGUCUUAAGUAGCAUUGUUGACAUUCCUUAGUGCUUUAAUAGAAAACUUGCCAAAGAAACAAAAGAUUGACAUUUGUCCUUUUUUCAAUCAUUGUAUGCAUUUUAUGCCAAUAUAUCACAAAUCCCUCACGUACUUCUGUUGGUCAUCCUUAAUCUUGAAAGGAUUUUUUCUUCUUUUUAAUUUCAAUAUGCACUGAUAUUAAACAGAGAAGCCUUGAAACCCCUGUGUCAUUGACAUGGAAACCCAGGUUUGAUGUAUGUCCACCUUCUGUGUUCAUUUAUGUGUUGAUUUCUUUGCCUCACAUCAUAAAUUCAUGUUUGAAGCAGUCAGAGCUCAAAAAUCCAUCAACAUCCACCAUUCAACCUUAUAAAUUGCCUUUUAUUAAUAGGGAUAUAUGAAAAACUGAAAUAAAGCUGGUUAUAAAGUAAGAAUGUCCCAGGAAAUAGUGGAACUGGAACCAGCAAAUGAUUCUGUAUAAAAUGGCUGAACUUGUUAAUCAAUUAAAUGAAAACGUAUGUGAUUAAAGUAUUUCUGAUCAUCUAA